AUGCUCCUUCCCAUUUUAGCACAUGAUUCCAAUGAAAAAUCACUAGCGGAAGUUAAUCGAAAGAGACUGCUGUUAAACUUACUCCACGCUCUCCGAAUUCUACGAGAUCACAAGAAAGUAACAUCGGCGAGAAUAAAAUUUCCAAAAUUCGAUUAUGCACAUUUGGACACUGAGCAUCACAUAAUAUCUGCAUCGAAUAUCUUCUCACCAAUUGCAAAAACUAUCGAUGACGUCCAAAGCGCAAGACGUAAAAACCAAAUUAGCAAGCGAUCAAAAGGAAUUCACAAGGAAUCAACAGGUAUUAAGCUCAAUAUCGUAAUUGAAGGAGUUCGUGAUAUCCGCGAAACGUUUCUUCUAUUGCAUGCAUGCAAAUAGAUCCGGAAAGAACAUUUUUCUUAAUUAAAUGAUGAGAGCUAAAAUAUUUCAACAGUCUGAAACACUGAAAACACUGAAUAUUUAGAAUAUUCAGUUUAUUUGCCAACGAUUGUAAGAGUGAACACUUUCUUAGCUUAUUCAACUAACCAAAAUAUCAAAAGAAUGUGAAAGCAAUAAAUGCAAUGUAAAAAAGAAUAAGCACGAAUCACCACAAUUCAAUUGAUCAAUCAGCUUCCACUGGACAUUACCUAUAACAUACUUUUGUGUCUUUGUCCUUCACUUUAUCACUCUUCAUAUCCUUACACCAUUCAUUUAUUAAAAUGAAUCACAAACGCGUACAAAGAUACAAAAAUUAGCACGAGAUGUUGAUUUGGAUCUAUGUUAUUCACGAAUUCUCUCCCAGCUAGAGACAUUAAUUAACUGAAAAAUCGCAAUGAAAGUCAACACCUACAUGCAGUAGGUCAAUUAGAAAAAGAAUCCAGGAGAAGUUGUUUCUUUCUAAAUUAUUUUAAUUUAUGCUUUUAGCCAAGGGAAGUCAUAACAAAAGAUCCAGGAAUGGCAAAGAACUAUUUCUCCAACUACUGCAAACAUUGAAAAGCAUAAAGAAACGUAAAAAUAAAAAACGGAGCCAAACAACAUACUUCUUGAGGAAUCAUGAGAAACAUGGGACACGGGUAAAGCAAAUGAUUAAGGAAAACUUCCCAAGACCGUUGGCUCAGCCACAUAACAGGAAAACAAUUCAGGAUUUUGAUCAACGGUCAAGUGUAUUAAAGCCAGUUAAAAAAAUUGCUAGAAUUGGAAUAAGCCAAACAAACAAAGCCAGGUAUUCCUUUGCACAAGCACGAUUAUCAUUUCUACAGUCUCUUGACACUGCUCAAGAUGAAAAGCUGACAAAACUUGGUAACCUAGAGAAGAAAUUUUCUUAUAUCUUACCAAAAGGUGAAAAACGUAAUCGUCAGAACGAAGGGAAAGAAGUGAAGUAUGCUUUGCAAGAUUUCACAAAACAUCAGUCGGCAACUGCACUAAGUCAUAUUCACCAACCUUACAAGAAAUUGUUAUAUAAACCGCUCCAGAAUGCAACCCCUAUAAAACAUUCACUUUUAGGAGAACCUUUGAAAAAGAAUCUCAAUUUACCUAAUCAUAUAUUGAAGAAACAAAAAAAUAUUGCUCCCUUGUCAAUACCUGCAGCGCCACAAAAUGGAAUAGAGAACCUGAUAAAAGCAAUACCAACCCCUAAUUUGGAUUUAAAAUCAAAAUACAAAAACAAAAAGAAACCAAAAGGAAUAUUACCAUCAAUGGUAGACGAAUUAUUAUGGAUAAGUAAUGCUCGGAAUAAGCUAGAAAAACUUAAACGCCUUCGGAAAUUGCAAGCAAAAUUAUUGAAUAAUUUUUCAGAGAACGAAACAAAGAAGCAAAAGUAUGAAAACUCUCAACACGAUAAUGAUGGCAAGAGUACGUCUCCAUGGAGAAUAAAAAAUGAGCAAAAAAGACCAAUAACAUGGAAAGCCGGUAUUGCAAUGUUUAAUAAUGUAGCCCACCAAAAAUCAACUAGUGUAAAUAAAACUUCGCAAAAAGUUGUGUAUGGCAAGCCAAGCAAGAGAUAUAAUCAACACCAAAGUAUCCAAAUAGACGGCAACAAUACCUUUUCUUUCGCAGGAAAUAGUUCAUCUGAUAAAAUCAGCCACACAAAUGAACAGCACGCUCGAAAACCUGUAGAAUACAUAAACACUUUUGAUGAUUUUGAUGAUGCCACCCAGGAUAAGAAAGAACCGAUCCAUUCUAUAAUUGGCCAUCCAAUCCAUAGUGGUUUAAGUAGCCAAUCACGUUUGGACGAAUCUCCUGUAAGCUAUUCAAACCAUGCAAAUGAUACGGUACAGGAGGCACGAGAUAAAAUGGCGAACAUUCAUUUGGUUGGAAAGCUACUGACUGUAAACAAAAAUCAAUCGCGUUAUCAAUUUCCGCCUGGGAAUAGAAAGAAACUAAUAACCUUUUCACAUGGAAUAACUGGCAAUAGCAGUCUAAAUCAGAGUACUAUUGAAAAUGAAUUCAACGACACUCAUAAUAACACUGGACAUAUUGCCACGCUGCAAAAGCUAUACACUAAACAUCUUGCGGAUUCUGGACAACAGGCAGGAAAACAAAUCUCACAGUCGCACGACAUCAACAUAAUUGGUACAACAUCCAGUAAGAAUCUUACGAACGACCAAUCUUACCUUCCUUUGGAUAGCUCAGCAACACCACUACAGACGAAGAGCGAGGACUCCAAAACUCCGCUUUCAUCAGUUGUUUCCGAACACAAUAAGAUCAUCUCAGAGUUGGUAUCAUCAAAAACAUUAGCAAAGCACUUGUUAAAUGAUAAAAGUGAAGAAUCACAUAAAACUCUUUCAAAAGUAUUACAAAAAGCACAAAACAUGUUUCUCAAGAAGGUUAAAGAAAUACUUUCUGGUAAUAAGACAAACAGAAAAGACAAAACAGACACUAACAUUCUCGAUAACAAAAGCCGUGACAACUCCAGUGAGAAGCCAGAAGGAGGUGUGAUUAACACUUCAGCUUAUGUGAUGGAUGAAUCGCCACCAAAUACCAAAGUGGCAACAAAUGUGGGACAAGAUGCUUCAGGAAUUGUUCCGAAAACUCCAACAAAUGACGAUCUUGCCAAUUCACUUAACAGAAAUAUGGCCCCGCCAGUAUCAGCGAUCCAAAACGAUGGCAUUAAUGCACCAAUGCAUUUGUUACAAACGCCCGCGGAUCCAAAUCCUCCUUUGAUAGCACAAUCAGCAGGACAACCAGGACAAGGGCAUGUACCGGGACGACCUUUAACUUACACGCAACUACAAGAUGCUCAUGAGGAAGAAAGAGUCGCAUUGCAACAAGAAAACGCUUUCCGUAGUAUGCAGACUGCUGGGAACGCGCCGUUAAAUAGUGGCGGAAAUGCACCAUUAAAUAGUGCAGCCACACCAUACCAAAGGUCAGUGAAAUUAUCUUUCCGGUACAUGUGGCUUGGGAUGAAACAUUUUAUGAUCAUCUUAAACAUAAAGACAAGACUAAAAACAAAAAAAUGAAAACAUUUAGUGAUAUCUUAACUAUGUGCGGGUUUUUCUGUUGCGGUACUUCGUUCCAGAAUCAGUGCAUGUAAUUAUCAAAUUGAGAGGACUAUAUGGCAAAUCGCCAUAACUCUUGACUAAUAUAAUUCAUUGCUGUAACUCUUGACGUGACUAAUAAGACUGAUGGGACUAAUAAGUCUUGACUGUAUAACAUUUGAUUCAUUGUAUGGCUUCUUAAUUGACUAAUUGUAUUCCUUUGAAUUUUAGUUACGUAGAAUCAAACCAGUUACCUCAAGCAAAUCGCUAUCCCAUGCAUAAUCCCGGAUUUCCUGCUCCAAAUGUUGACGACCUCAGUGAAUACAGAGGAGGAAUGGAAAGAUACCAAUUAAGUCACCAUAUAGGGUAUAACGGAGGUGAAGAGAUUGAGGAUGAUUAUCUUCCAAGAAGACACCAUUUUCCUUUGUACAGACAUCGUGUUGCCGAUGAAGAUGACCAAGAUGAUGGUGAUUUUAAUUAUGGUGAUGAUGAUGACGAUGAUGAUGACUUCGACGAAGACGGAGAGAAAAAAUCAAAUAUUGGAAAACCACAUCAUAGUGGAAAACAUAAACACUUGAAGUACCAUUUUAAAAAUGUAUUAAAUUCUACUAGUCUAAGAAUAGAUCAUACAGAACACGAGAAAUUACACGUUAAGCCCAACGUAAACGCGACAACUAAUACUAGAAAAAAAGAUAGGUGA